GGUGAAAUAUACAAAAGAAGGGGACUGCUUACUUCAGCAGGCAGAGAAAUUAAAAAUAAGCAGGAAAUCCUAGAUCUCCUACAGGCCCUCUUCUUGCCAAAGAAGGUGAGCAUCAUACAUUGCCCUGGCCACCAAAAAGGAGAGGAUCCAGUGGCACAGGGUAACCGGAUGGCGGAUGAGGUGGCCAGAACAAGCGCCUUGGGUAGCUGCGCAUUAAACAUCAAUGUGCAAGAUUCUCCCAGCCAGGGGCCGGAAUGGAAUUAUACCGAACAAGAUGAGGCAUCCAUACAAAGGUUAGGGGGAAUUUACGACGAGACCACUAAAAGCUGGAAAAUACAGGGCAAAGUCGUGCUACCCACAAAAGAAACUAGAAGAUUAGUGCAAGAUCUACAUAGAUGGACACAUUUAGGGUAUAAGAAAUUAAAGACCUUACUGGAUAGAGAGGAGAUUUCUUAUUUUUUAUUGGGACUACCUGCAGCAGUAAAACAAACCGUAGAGGCCUGCAUCCCAUGCGCCAAGGUAAAUCCCAGAUGUUCUAAAAUACCUGAAGGAGUCCGGAUACGGGGGGCUAGACCUGGAAUUAAUUGGGAAAUAGAUUUCACAGAGGUCCGCCCAGGCAGAUAUGGAAUUAAGUACCUUCUAGUGUUCGUAGAUACCUUUUCCGGCUGGCCUGAAGCAUUUCCAGUGAAGAAGGAGACAGCACAAGUCGUGGUUAAGAAGCUAUUAGAAGAAAUCUUCCCGCGGUUUGGCUUGCCUAAGGUAUUGGGGUCGGAUAAUGGACCCGCCUUCGUCUCCAGGACCCGCUUCCGAGCUUUACAGCUCAUCCACAGGCAAAUAGGGGAGCAGCUGACUGCCGUAUACCAGUCCAAGUGCCCUACGCUCCCGCAUUCGUUCCAGAUUGGGGACAUUGUCUACGUCCGCAGACACCAGAUUAAGACGCUUGAGCCACGUUGGAAGGGACCCUACACGGUAUUAUUGACUACACCGACCGCGAUAAAGGUAGACGGAAUUGCCGCUUGGAUACACGUGUCACACGUCAAGAGGGCGACAGCUGAACAGAGACAAGAGACCGACGACCCUGCCGACGAGCCGACACCAAAAUGGAAACUACAACGUACUCAAAACCCACUCAAGAUAAGAAUUUCAAAAUCUGUUUAGUACUGCUUACAAUUCUUUUUACCCCUAUUAUGGGCGGCUCGCAUGCCCCGGUGAGGCUCACGUGGGAGGUGCAAUCUGGUACCACGGAGGUCGUAUGGUCCGUUACCCGCGUGGCCCCCUCCGGGACAUGGUGGCCUGCCUUGCACCCUGAUGUAUGUGAGCUAGUAAAGGGAAUGGAUAACUUGGCAGCCUAUGGUGUCGCGUUUGCCCCCGGU